UUCUACAAUUCACUAUUUAAAAUGUGAUUUUAAACCUAACAGCUAACUUUAAAUUAAGACCAAAAAGCAAAUGUUUGUGUUCAUUAAAUUUUUACUUUGUGGCAUCUAGUGGAAACCAUAUUAUUAGGUUGACCAACACACGCCUUUACAGCAACGCCAUCACACAAGGUGUCUCAUGGGGUACUGAUCCAGGCCCAGGCCCAUCAUGCUGACCGUACAGAGGACAUGUGCAGCUCUGGCUGUACGCCGACUCCUAGGAGCUCCCUGCUCCUUACACACACACACAUACACCAACACACACUCCAGACACUUCCGUACUGCCGCGCCCUGUCAGGAUGAGGUGGGCCUGCACCCGGAGUGGGCCAGUCUGGCCAAGAAACAGCUGAAGGGGAAGAACCCAGAAGACCUGAUAAGGGGCACGCCAGAGGGCCUCAACAUCAAACCUGUCUACACUAAAGCAGACUCUGCUACGAAGCCUGACGAGCUGCCGGGCGUCUUCCCCUACACUAGGGGGCCCUACCCCACCAUGUACACGUUCAGGCCCUGGACUAUCAGGCAGUACGCUGGCUUCAGCACCGUGGAGGAGAGCAACAAGUUCUACCGGGACAACAUUAAAGCGGGUCAGCAGGGUCUCUCGGUGGCCUUCGACCUCCCGACUCACCGAGGUUACGACUCCGACAACCCCCGCGUCCACGGCGAUGUCGGAAUGGCGGGGGUCGCCAUAGAUACCGUGGAGGACACCAAGAUGCUGUUCGACGUCAUCCCGCUGGAGAAGAUGUCGGUUUCCAUGACGAUGAACGGGGCAGUGAUCCCGGUGCUGGCCAUGUUCAUCGUUACGGGGUAGGAGCAGGGUGUGCCCAAGGAGAAGCUGACAGGAACCAUCCAGAAUGACAUCCUGAAGGAGUUCAUGGUGCGCAACACCUAUAUCUUCCCCCCGGAACCUUCCAUGCACGCCAUUGCCGAUAUCUUUGCCUACACAUCCAAGCACAUGCCCAAGUUCAACUCCAUCUCCAUCAGUGGGUACCAUCUUCAGGAGGCAGGCGCGGACGCCAUCUUGGAAAUGGCCUACACCAUCGCCAAUGGCCUGGAGUACUGCCGUACUGGGCUGAAAGCUGGCCUCACUAUCGACGAGUUCAACACACACAGUGAGAUCAUACAUGUGUGUUGUCCCAGGGACCUCAUUCCUGCAUGGCGCCUAAGAGCUAUCUAUGGGUUUUUCUGGAGUGGUUUUCUAUGUGAUUUCCCUGUGUCAUUCCCAGUGUCUCAGAACAGUGAAUAUCCUGUCACACAGACUGAGGUAUCUUUUCAACUAAACAGUUAUUCUCAGACAGUCCUCCCUGACUUGCUGCUUCAUGUCAUGUUUUUGAUCAGCUCUCAAAAGUGUUCCAAUGUUGAGGUGAUUAUUGGGGUGAAUAAGUACCGUCUGGAGAAAGAGGAGUCCGUGGAUGUGCUGGCUAUCGACAACACCAACAUACGCAACAAGCAGAUCGACAAACUCAAGAAGGUGAGGGCGAGUCGUAAUGCUGAGGCUGCGAAGAGGUGUCUGGCGGCCAUAGAGGAGUGUGCUUGUACCAGGGAAGGGAAUCUACUGGAGCUGGCUGUGGAGGCUGCUGGAGCCAGAUGUUCUGUAGGAGAGAUCACAGAUGCCAUGAAGGCUGUGUUUGGGGAACAUAAAGCCAGCACCAGGAUGGUGAGUGGAGCCUAUCGCAGCGAGUUCGGAGAGCAUGAGGAGAUUUCUACAGCACACAACCGGGUGGUGGAGUUUAAGAAGCAUGAGGGCAGGAACCCUCGUCUGCUGGUGGCCAAGAUGGGCCAGGACGGCCAUGACAGGGGGGCAAAGGUCAUCGCCACGGGAUUUGCCGACCUGGGUUUCGACGUCGACAUCGGACCGCUCUUCCAGACCCCUCUGGAGGUGGCCCAGCAGGCUGUGGAUGCAGACGUCCACUGUGUUGGGGUCAGCACGCUGGCCGCAGGACACAAGACCCUGGUCCCAGAGCUCAUCAAGGAGCUACGCAACCUCAACCGCCCUGACAUCCUGAUCAUCUGUGGAGGGGUCAUCCCACCUCAGGACUAUGAGUUCCUGUACCAGAGUGGUGUGUGCUGUAUCUUCGGCCCCAGGACCAGAAUCCCUCAGGCUUCAGUGGAGGUGAUCGACAACAUUGAGAAGAGCCUGGACAAGAUCCGCCAGGCCAUGUAGACAGACUGCUGACAAACAAUAUAUCUCAAGAAUAUAGUAUACUAUGGCUCAGUGUGUGUCCAUACACAGCCAUGGGGGAAAAACUGCAAACGUAGGGGUGUGAUAUCUGCUCAGGAUGAUAGAAUAGAGCAAUGAGAUUGUGAAAUUCUUCCCAAAUCACCACCAUAAUAUACAGUUUAGUCUACAUAUCUGUCGGUCUUCACUAGCGUUUCUCAAUCCAUUCUUGGGGGACACCCCUAUUCAGCUACUAGGACUUGGUGAUUGGUUGCGUACAGUAAGUGCUGGGCUAGAACAAAAUAUGCUCUUUCUGAGAGGUCCCCCAGGAAUAGAUUGGUCAUCACUGAUAUAGACAGAUGCUUGUGAAAAUUGAAAAUAUAUUAGUGUAAAGUCUGCAUUGGAUAUUAUGGUAGAACAAGGAGAUUGUGAAAUAUUCCUAAUGACUUUUUGAAGUGAUCCAUACUAUCAUGUUAAGCCACUGGACUUUGGUCUCUUGUGAUUAAAAAUAAUAAUGUGA